UUGCCAUUUAAUUAGAUCCCCGGGGUGCGGAUCAGUUUGGCACCGUGUCUGCGUGCAAGCGAAACCGGCUGUUUUUUCGCUCCCGGAGCCCUGGCCGCGGUCCUUGCGCGACUUCACUUCUGCACCGGCGGCGCGGGAGGAAAAUCGAGCCCGCAGUCCAGCUGCCGCAGCUGGGCUAAAUUGUUCUGCACGGCUCCGACAGGCGACAAUCUAAGCGUUGCAACCGUCGACAAGCAGAGUGUAAUGUUUUGGUCGAUGUGUGAGUCGCUGUGGGAAUGAGACUGCGUGGCAGGGAUUUGGAGGAUUCCACUGUCUCCUGGAUACCAAGCGUCCUGGGUGUGCAGAGCGUCAGGCUCCGCCUUCGCCUUGAUCGCCGUGACGACAGGGGGAGGGGCCUUUGGCAACUGGUCGACCUGGGAGAGGAAGCGCAGAGUGGGCGGCGGAUACGAGACAGGACACCUCCUACUUGUUCUCAAAGUCUGAUGAGUAUUCCUGCUGCUGCAUCAGUUCAGUCAGGGGGUGGAGAGAUGCAAUCACCUGGGGUCAUUAGCCCCGCCUUCCUUCCGCCCCCAAGUGGAAAAGUUCCAGGCCGCAAGAGGGGUCGCCCACCCCUAAAGAGGCACCCGGAAUAUCAGAGUCGCUACCCAGAAUCCCUCCCACCUAUUAAAGUGCCUAAGAAGAGAGGCAGGAAGCCUGGCUUUAAGCUGAAGUCUCGCUUGAUGACGCCCCUGGCCAUCUCUCCUCCCAGCAGCACCCCGGAGCCAGACAUGAGCUCAAUCCCCCAGGACGCUGCUACUAUCCCCCACUCAGCCACCCCACAGGUCCUCACAGUGUGUAUCUACGUGAAUAAGCAUGUGAACACGGGUCCUAACCUGGACAGGCAGAAGGUGCUGCAGCUGCCUGAUCACCUGGGUCCUGCCAGGCCCUCUGUGGUGCUGCAGCAAGCGGUACAGGGCUGCAUUGACAGCGCGUUUCAGCAGAAAGCCGUCUUCACCCUGCUUACCGAGGGCUAUGGGGGAGAAAAGAUCUCAGCCACCUUUGAUGGCAAGCAGCAUUUGUUGAGUUUGCCAGUGGUCAACAGCGUGGGUUACGUCCUCCGCUUCCUCAAGAAGUUGUGCCGAAGCCUGUUGUGUGAGAACCUCUUCAGUGACCAGCCCAUCGCCCCUUCGUCGUCUCCCUCCUCCUCUUCCUCAUUCCACACUGAAAAGCACUCAGACGGACAGCCCAAGUCAACAAACUCAAUGGUGGACGAUUACCAUGGUGAUUCAAUGGACCCCAAGCGCUAUUCAGCUGACCCCAGCGACUCUGCCUAUGGUGCGAUGUCCUCACCGUACACACCGAGUAAACCUGCGUACGGUUUUCGUUCUGGCACCGCCUAUUCUGGAGGCGUCUGCAGGCAGGCGGCCAGUCCCAGCACAUUCCAGGAAGGAAACAGAAGUGCCUACAGUCCAUCCCCAGAAGGAGGGGAGGCAAAGCCCCCACCCAGUAAGGAUCCCUCCAGGUGGAGCGUGGAUGAGGUUGUGUGGUUUAUAAAGGACGCAGACCCUCAAGCACUUGGCCCUCACGUGGAUCUCUUCAGAAAACAUGAGAUUGAUGGGGAUGCUCUUCUUCUCCUGAAGAGUGACAUGAUCAUGAAGUACCUGGGACUCAAACUGGGCCCGGCCCUCAAGCUCUGCUACCACAUCGACAAGCUAAAACAGAACAAGUUCUGACCUGUCUCUGCACCCUGCAAACACACACAGAUGGAUUCACUCACAGUAUUUACUGUCACUCUCAUUUGUUGUAGUACAAGACGUUUUUGUCCCCUCUUCUCUGGUAAUUUAAGGACAAGUACCAGACCUUUUUUUUUUUGUUUUUUUGUUUUUUUUUACUCAUGUGGUUUGUCUGCUUGUGUAUUGGGACAUUUCACUGACCAGAACAUUUCCUUCUAAUUUUAAGUGUACAAGCGGUUUAUUGAUUACUUGAUACCUGAACACUGCUCUAAUCAAAUGGCACGUCAUCUCAGCUGCGUUCUGGGAUUUGCGUUAUUUGUCCCCAAGGUGAGAGUUAUGCAGAUGUAAGUGUAAACCAUGCUUCUUCAAAUGGACGGAGUCAUGACAAACCUAUUAGGUCAAGCUGGCUCCCAUUUUUUUUUUUCAGAGCCACAGACUCUGUCUAGUUCUCUGUGAACUUCAGCCACCUGCUGGUGAAGUGGAGUCACUGCAACUCUACUACCACUGUAACCUGGAACCAUUCACCUUUUUUUUCAGAGCUACUUCAAAGGCCGCUAACUUGGGAGUUCAGUUACAAACACAGUUCAGCAUUGUGCUUUUGACUGAACAGAUACAGUACGCACAGUUUUGGCAGGGUACAACUAUGAACAGUUACACUUUGCAACCAGCAAAUAACAGGCACAAAUGCAACUCUACUCAACAGUGGACCAUUCACAUCGUCUUUGGAAAGCCUCCUUGGCAGCCUAAGUCAAAACUAAACAGGAUACACUACUAGGCAGUUACUGCUACAGUAAAAAUGGUGCAUUGCAACCAUAGUAAUGCACACCAGGUGCUGUUUCUUAACCAGCAAGUCAAGUUAAAGAAAACAACUACACUGGUACAGUACUUUACAUUUCUUACUGUGGACCAAAUACACAGAGAGGUCUCAAAAUGUCUAGUUCUGCCAUCUUUUUGGAGCAGAGGGCUCAUAUUGAAAAGCUGCUCUGAUACUACACAACUGUCAACUUAUGAUUUUCUUACAAAACACAUAGCACUUACUUACAAUAAUGUUCAAUUCAUUCAAUACACUGAGUAAAGUAACAAAGAGCUUUAGUUUUACAGCAUUUAUUAUUGAUAAUUUAUUAAUGAUAAUUUCUACAUAUACUACUGUUUAGAAGUCAGUAAGAAAGAAAAUAAAUGAAUUUAUUCAGCCAGAACGUAUUUAAUUGAUUGAAACUGACCGUUCAGUAUUGAUAAUAAUAAGAAAUGUUCGUAAUUAUCCUAUUAAAAUGAUUUCUGAAUAAUCAUGUGGACACUGAAGACUAAAGUAAUGAUGCUGAAAAUUCAGCUUUGGCAUCACAGGAAUAAAUUACAUUUUAAAAAUGUAUUAAAAUAGAAAGCAUUUAUUUUAAAUUGUAAUAAUAUUUCACAAUAUUACUGUUUUUACAGUAUUUUUUGGUCAAAUAAAUGCAGCCUUGCUCAGCAUACACUGUAAAAAAACAAUUUGUUGAGUCAACUUAAAAUAAUUUGUUACCUGGCUGCCUUAAAAUUUUAAGUUCAGUCAACUCAAAAAAAUUUGACUUGAAAUGUUAAGUUAUGCUAAGUGACAACUUAGAUAUUUCAGUUGAUUCAACUUACAAUUUUAAGGCAGCUGGGUUACUUACCCAGCAUUUAAGUUUAACAAACACAAAUAUCUAAGUUGUUACUUAGUACAACUUAACGUUUCAAGUUGACUAAAAGUAUUUGAGUUAAUUAAACUUAAAAUUUUAAGGCAGCAGGGUAACAAAUUAUUUUAAGCUGACUCAACAAAUUGUGUUUUUAGUGUAGGAGACCUCAAAUGGCAACUUUUCAAUGGGAGUUAAAACUUUAAUUUUUCAAGUUGCAUAAAUUAGUAUUACUGUAUUAUGAACAAAUAUGAAUUAACAAUGCACAAUAGCAUAUAUAUAAUUACCAUUAACCUAAGUUAAUAAAUGCUGUAAAAAUAUUGUUCAUUGGUAGUUCACAUACCAAAUGUAGACAAAUUGAACUUUAUUGUAGUGUUGCAUUAAAAUGUGUACAAUUUUGACUAUGUGGGGUAGACAUGAAUUUUCUUUCAUAAACAUACAGCAGAAGAUGAGGUGCUUCUCUGAUCAUAUGUUGCUGUCAAAAACCAUAGAAAUGUGUGAAAGAGUCAUUGAAGUCUCCUGAGGCAUUUCAGGAAAUAAAAAGAAUAUUCUGUAUCAUUUGUUUAAUUUUGCAAAAAUGGCAUUCAGAAUCACUGUAUUGCUUUUCAGACAGGUCAACCUAAAGGGAUCGUUCAUGCAAAAUUGAACAUUUUGUUAUCAUUUAUUCACCCUCACGUCGUUUCAAAGCUGUAUGACUUACAGUGAAAUUCAGUCAUACAGGUUUCAAACACAUGAGGGUGAGUAAAUGAUGACAAUUGCCAUUUUUAGGUGUUCUGUCCCUUUAAGUCUGCCUUGAUGAUGUCAUACAUAUCCCAAAGUGGAUUACACCGAAGUGUACAACUUUUCUGUAACCGCAACCAUGUGUAAAUACAAUAAUUUAUGUAGUAAUCACAGAUGAAAUCUACCAUUUUUUAAGUUAAAGAGCAAAUUAAGUCCAGUUUAGAUCCGAUGAACACAUCCAGCUUUAAUAUGUAAUCAACUACCAGCUUUGCUGUGCUAGACUUCAUUGUUGUACAAUCUGCCUCUUAAAGCUACUGCUGCGCUAACCUGAGCAUCUGUACAGAAUCAUUGUCUAUAAUUUUGCAACAGGGAGGCUGUUGAGUGGUAUUUUUAUUUAGAUUUUUUUCACGUAGCAUCAGUUGUCCUGGGUAGUAGUUUUCUCAAUGAAAAAUGCACACGUGGAAAAUUAUAAAAAGUGUAGGCACCAGAAAGCAAUCAAGGGAAUUAAUCAGUGAGCUCUUAAAUCUGGUGCCACAUUAAGAGGUCAGGGUUGUUAAUAAAUAAAUCUGCUGAUUUGAAAAGUAGAGUAUUAAUGUUUUCAUAAACAUCUAUUUUGAUUGGUUGGGAAAAGUUUGAAGAAAUAAACACAAGGGGGUUUGGGCUUUAAUCAUGUGAUGUUUUUAACACCCAAGAUUAUAGAAAUGAAUUACCCAUGUGUGAUGUUCAAACCCUUGUAUUAGCUUUAAAAGCAGGUUUUUUUUUUUUUUUUUUUUUUUUUUUUCCACUCAUGUACUCAAACAGUGAGAAUAUGUUGUUAGUUUUAAAAGCCCUUUAACUGAGUAAUAGCAGCAGUGAGCUUUUAAAUAUGUUUGGAAGCACUCUUUUCUAUGGCUGCACUUAACUAAAUCCUACUUCAUGUAGGAAGCCUUGACACUUUCAUAACAAUCCUUAAUAUGUUUUGGGCCGUUUAUGACCUCACGCAGAUAUUCUGCUGACAUGAUGUUCCUGGCUAGAUAUUACCAACGUGUGUGACAGGAAUAUGAGUGGGCUUUUAGGGAUCGUCCUUUCUUCCGUUCAGCUCUUCUAUGUCAGGUUUGCGUUUGCCUCCGCACCAUGUCAUUCCUUGUCAUUUCUGAUAUAAUGGAAAAUGUAAGUGUACAUUUAUGAAUGCUGCUCUCGAUGAUAGUCCCAUGUUUAAAUUUGUCAGCUCACAAAAGAGUUUUAGUGGAAAAUGGGGGACUACAACACGGACCAUUCAUGUUGGUGCUAUAAUAUGACUGUGUAUUUAACAAAUAAUGAUUUUAUGCAUAUGAUUUUAUGGUUGGUUUGCUUUAUUUCUUCAGAUAGGCUUCAGUGUUGUGAACUCUCGUGACUGAAGACAGGCUCUGCAUCGCGUGUCUGUUUGUGAGGUUAAUAUAGAGCAUUAUGAAAGAGUCAGAAUAAAGCAUUAUGAACACCCUAUACUGAACUCUAACUGUAUUUGUAGUUCUAUGUAUCACUAAAUAUAUCACUGUUUGUAGUUUUUUUUUUUUUGUUUCUGCACUUGUGUGGACAGACACAACUCAGAACAUACAUACAAAUGUUGCACCAUGUUCAAGGCCAUUCUUAAACUUUUUAAAUAAAGUCUUUUCUGCA